AUGGGGGCAUUGCUCCCUGCACCCCCAAUCUAUCAGUUCGCCCUCAACAAUACAAAUACAAACUUAUACAAAUACAAACUUGAACAACAAAUGUCGUUGCUUCGCUUCACUUUGAUGUGCAGGUGUACCCCAGAAAACAUAACGGCAAGCUUCCACCCACACCCACUUCGGCUGAAGGAUGCUCACGAGACGCCAUAUACUUGUGGGGGAUGUAAAGAGAAAGGCCAAGGAAAAGUUUACCAGUGUGAAGAUGCUGAGAAUUGUGACUAUCAUCUUCAUCAGCAGUGCUAUCAUUUAUCCGAUGGCGGCUUGCCCUCCUUCAUCGAAUUCCCCUUCCUGGAGAGUAAGAAAUGUGACUUUGUAUUUCAUCAGGAAGCCCCAGGAGGCGAUCAGAGAGCUUGUGAUGCAUGUGGGAAGGACGUGAAAGGGUGGUUUUACCAGUGUAAAAUGUGUAAGAAACCCUAUUAUUUACACCCCUGUUACGCCCAGCUUCCCAUCAAGCAAAAAGGAGAGAAGGGGAUUGUGCUUUAUCUUAAAGCCAAGACCUCAUCAAAGUGCCUAGAAUGCGGAAGUGUGAAUAUUUCCCAAGGACUCAGGAGCUGGUUAUACGCUUCCAACUGUGGGAAACACUGUUAUCAUGUGGGAUGUGUUAUGGACAUGGUGUGA